UGUUUCUUUGUGUGCAUUUGAUUAAUAUUAAAAUCAGUGUAAAUGGCUGGAUUGUCCUGUUUUUACCAUGAGGACACUGAGCUCUCCUUGUAUUCCAGCUUUUCACCAGAUAAGUCAGUGUGACAGUGUGUGUCAGUGGGGCAGUGUGUCAGUGGGACAAUGUGUGUCAGAAUAACGGAGUGACAGUGUGUCAGUGGGACAUCUUAAUGCUGUAAGUCAGUGUGUCGUCAGUGUAACAAUCAGUCUGUAGAUGUGUGUCAGUGUUUAGGAGUAUAACAAUGUAUCAGUGUGUCAGAGCUACACUAUAUAAGUGCUUAAGAGUGUAACAAUAUACCAGAGUGUCAGUGUUAUAGUGCAUUACUGUGCAGGAGUGUAACAAUGUAUCAGAGUAUCAGUGUAAAAGUGUAUUGGUGUUUAGUAGUGCAAUGGUGUAUCAGUGUGUCAGUGUUACAGAGUAUCAUUGCUUAGGAGUGUAACAAUGUGUCAGUGUCAGUGUUGUAGUGUAUCAGUGUUUAGGAGUGUAACGUAUUGGAGUAUCAGUGUAAAAGUGUAUCGUGUUUAGUAGCGUAAUGGUAUGCCGGUGUGUCAGUGUCACACUUUAUCAGUGUUUAGAGCGUAAUAGUGAAUGAAAGUAUCAGUUUGUCAGUGUGUCAGUGUUUAGGAGUGUAAUAACGAAUCAAAGUAUCAGCGUAACGGUGUAUCACAGUGUCAGUGUUUAGCAGUGUAAUAGUGUGUCAGUGUGUCAGCGCUACAGCGUGUCUCAGAGUGACAGUGUGACCCCCUUCGGUUCCAGGACUGCCCCAGAGGACCACGAUGCCGUCGGACCUGCAGUUCGACUCCCUGCAGCCCUGCUUCUACCCCGACGAGGACGACUUCUACCCGUUCGGCCCCGACUGCGCGCCCCCGGGGGAGGACAUCUGGAAGAAGUUCGAGCUGCUGCCCACGCCCCCCCUCUCCCCCAGCAGAUCCGGCGUCCCGGGGGGGCUCGGAGCCUCUGACCCCUCGGACUGGGCCUCGGAGCUGCUCCUCCUGCCCGAAGACGAGCUGUGGGGGGCGCCCGAGGGGGACCUGUUUGGGUCGGAACCGGCGCGGGACGGCAGCUCCAUCAUCCUGCAGGACUGCAUGUGGAGCGGCUUCUCGGCGCGGGAGAAGCUGGAGCGUGCCGUCACCGAGAAGCUGGGCAGAGCCACGUCGACGGGGGCGGGGGCCGCUCGCCUCGGUCACGGGACGAAGCGGGACGGCCGUGUGGCGGAGUGCGUGGACCCGCGUGCUGUGCUCCCCUUCGCACCCAGGGCCGCGCCCCCCAAGGCACCCCGUGCCACUGAGAUGGACAGCGGCCGCAAGGAUGAUCCACGGAGCGACUCGGAUGAGGAUGAUGAAGACGACGAGGAUGACGGAGAGGAAGAGGAGGAGAUCGAUGUGGUGACGGUGGAGAAGAGGCGCUGCAGUGCCGCAAAGCUGCCAGCGGGGGCAGCAGGAGCACCGGGGGCCGCGAGACCCAAGUGCGGAGCAGGAGGACAGGCUACGAGCCGCUCGCCGCAGGAGCUGAUCCUGAAGCGCGGCGCCCCCAUCCACCAGCAGCACAACUAUGCGGCGCCGUCCCCUUUCGCCGAGGAGGAAGAUCCUCCCGCUCCCCCCAAGAGAGCGAAAGCGGAGCCACCGCGCUGCGUCAAGGUCGCCGGCCACUCGGGAGCGCCCCCGAGGCCGAGGAAGAGCGACAGCCCCAGGGGUUCCGACUCGGAGGACAGCGAGCGCCGGCGCAACCACAACAUCCUGGAGCGGCAGCGACGCAACGACCUGCGCUCCAGCUUCCUGACGCUGCGGGACCACGUUCCCGAGCUGGCGUGCAACGAGAAGGCGGCCAAAGUGGUCAUCCUGAAGAAGGCGGCCGAGUUCCUGCGCGCUCUGGAGGCGGACGAGCGCCGGUUGCAGCUCGAGAAAGACCGGCUGCAGGUCCGACGGCAGCAGCUGAUGAAACGACUGGAGCAGGCCAGGACUCGCUGAAGGCCUCCGCCUCGGCCCCUUCGCACCCCCCGCCCCACCCCCCACGGACCCUCACUGCCACGUUUGCACAUUUUUUGACGUUACGAAUGUUGGGUUAAAAUUCAAUCCAGUCACAAUGUUUAGAAAAAAAUCCAGAGUGAAAUGGCUCGCCCACGUUUUUUCUUUUUCGUUUUU